UUCUGAGAGGGUCAUCUUGAAGUAGUACAUUCUAGUGUGUUGAUUUUCGAGAUGGCGAUGUUGUCGAUGUGGACAUGGCGUGCUUUAAUUUCGUUACGAGCUCGUUGUUUUCAGAAUGUUAAAGACUUUGGACAAAUCUGCGAAUACCAUGAAUUCAUACUGGCAGCCUUAGAGGUUCUGCGUCGUUCAUCACGUUGUGUACUACUUUAAACGUCGAUCUACAUCAUGUGAAGCCGAAUUACGUCUGGCGAAUCGUCAGUUGUAGGCAAAACCUGAAGAAGUUGAAAAUGCAGUAGAGGUGGCACUUCAAGAAGGGUAUCGUCUUAUUGACACAGCCUUCAAUUAUAACAACGAAGAAGCUAUUGGGCGUGCACUGAGACGGUGGGUGGAUGCAGGGAAAUGCCGCAGAGAGGAACUGUUCAUUAUGACCAAGCUUCCCCACAUUGGAAAUCGUGCUUCCGAUGUGGAAAUGUAUCUUACUACAUCACUACGUAGAUUACAGCUUGACUAUGUGGAUCUGUACUUAAUUCAUGUCCCAUUUGGGUUUGUACCUGAUAAUACUGGUGAGAAUCCAGCAAAGAAUGCUGAUGGGUCAUUUGUACUUGAUGAUACAGAUCAUCUAGCUGUGUGGAAGGCAAUGGAGCAACAAGUGGAUUCUGGUCAUGCCCGCAGCAUUGGUGUAUCUAAUUUCAACAUAUCACAACUAGAAAAGAUAGUUGGUGCAGCCAGAAUUUGUCCCGCUACACUGCAAGUGGAGCUUCAUGCUUAUCUGCAACAACCAGAAUUACGUGCCUGUUGCUCAAAACUAGGAAUCCCCCUCACUGCCUAUUCACCCCUAGGUUCUCCUGGUGCGAAGCUCCAUUUUCAGCAGAAGUACAAUUUUCAAUAUCCGGAGAACAAUGCACCAGACCUUCUAGAACAUCCACUGGUGAAACAAAUAGGCAAUAUUCAUGGAAAGUCUCCAGCACAGGUAUUACUCAGGCACCUGGUACAGCAGGGAAUUAUUGUAAUCCCCAAGAGUGCGGACCCCAAACGCAUUAAAGAAAAUGGACAGAUCUUUGACUUUGAACUGACUCCUGAAGAAAUGUUGCAAUUAGGUGGCUUAGACCUUGGGGAGAAUGGCAGGAUCAUAAACUUUAUGUUUUGGAAAGGAGUGGAGAAGCAUCCAGAAUAUCCAUUCAAGCAACAAGAAUCAAUAUAAAUAUGCCGCCACAGAAAACACCUUACAGUAUUGUAAUUAAAGAAUGGACUUUCAAGGAGAAAAUGCAUAUUAUGGAGAGUAAGUUGCUUAUGAGUUGCAAACACUUGAUUUUUGUUUUGGAUGAUGAAGUAUAAAUUUACAGUGACCUGUGAUAAAUUAAAAGUUGUACUCAUAGUAAUAUUCAUUUAGUGUUUGCUCCUCAUCACAGAUAAAACAGUCCAGUAGACCAUGAACAGCAAUAUAUUGAACAUUUAAUAUUA